CCCGGCUGCCGCUGACUCUCUGACAGCGGGGCCCUCCCCGCCCGGGGUGGCGGCGGCAUGAGGAGGUCGCCUAAAAUUAGCUGGAAGGCUCAGAGCAAGUAGGGAGUCCCAACACAUGCCCCCAAAGAGGCACUGGCGACCGAUUGGGGACGGGGACGGGGGGACUCUGGGUGCCACCCGGCCGAGGCCCCCUGCCCAGGUGGAAUGUUUCCCAGGCACAUGGUUUAUACAGCUCAAAAUAACUCGGGACCUGGGAACUGAUAAAUGCUCUAGCUCCGGUGGUGACAGGUUGUCCAGCUUCUCACAGCCAUCUUCGCCGAAACGAAGGUUAACUCCUCACACCCAAUGGACUGCUACUUUAUCCCCAAGGAAGAGAAGAAUCUCCACAUUUCCUGUCUCCGUUCAUCUUAAACUUCUCCUGGAUAACUGUCAUCGUUGAGAAGAACCAGAGUUGGACAUCCCCAACUGGGUCAAUUAAAAAAGUAAGCAUGCAAGAAGACAGCAUAGAAGCUUCCACUUCUAUAUCUCAGCUCCUCCGGGAAAGCUAUUUGGCUGAAACCCGACAUCGAGGAAACAGCGAGAGGAGCCGGGCAGAGCCGUCGGCCCACCCUUUCCAUUUUGGCAGCGCUUCUGAAGCUGCUGAGGGAGGAAGAGGAGGAGGAAGAGGAGGAGGGGGGGGAGGGGGACAGGAUGACCUUCCAGAUCUCUCUGCCUUCCUGAGUCAAGAAGAAUUAAAUGAAAGUGUUAAUCUAGCAAGGCGGGCUAUCAAUCAGGAUCCCCUGGAUAACAGAGUGGAGGAGACCCAGUCCCGUGUGUGUCGUCCUUCUGAGCAGGUGAAAAACUCUCCAAAAUUGGGUUCGAACAGGCAAGUGGCCCAAACUAUCCCAACUCGCUGUCAGGAGCUCUCGCGGGCUCCGGCCGACUCUAAAGACAACACCAAGGAGCCGAAGAAGUCUCAGUACGGUUCCGAAGCUCAGUCCAAAAAGGUCUUCUUGAACAAGGCCGCAGAUUUCAUUGAGGAACUGUCUUCCCUUUUCAAAGCCCACAGCUCCAAAAGAAUCAGACCCCGAGCCUGCAAAAACCACAAGAGCAAAUUGGAAUCUCAAAACCGAGUGGCACAGGAAGCCAGUUCUGGAGUCUCCGAUUUGUCAGAAAGGCGAGAGAGAUCUUCAGUCCCCAUCCCCAUCCCCCGAGACACCCGAGAUAAUGAAGUGAAUCACGCCCUUGAGCAACAGGAGGCCGAGCGGCUGGAAAUCCAACGAGCUGCCAAUGAAGUCGCCAGUGGGGAGGUCACCCCGGGAUCGUCGCCUUCUUCUUUGUAUUAUGAGGAGCCCUUGGGACAGCCGCCUCGUUUUACUCAGAAAUUAAGGAGCCGAGAAGUUCCCGAGGGAACCCGAGUGCAACUGGAUUGCAUAGUAGUAGGGAUUCCUCCGCCUCAAGUCAGAUGGUACUGUGAAGGGAAAGAGCUUGAAAACUCACCAGAUAUCCAUAUCGUCCAGGCAGGAAGCCUACACUCAUUGACCAUUGCAGAGGCUUUUGAAGAGGACACAGGACGCUACUCUUGCUUUGCUUCCAACAUAUACGGGACAGAUUCAACUUCUGCAGAGAUUUACAUAGAAGGUGCCUCUUCUUCAGAUUCAGAAGGAGACGUUAGCAAGGAAGAAAUGAAUCGGGUCCAAAAGAAAAAUGAGGUUUCAUCACCUCCAGCUACCUCUGCAACCAGCUUACCAGAUGGACCACAAACGCAACCUACUGUGGUCCAGCCUACAGUGUCAACCAUUCAGCAGUGUCAGAGUCCCACCAACUAUUUGCAAGGAUUGGAUGGAAAGCCUAUCAUAGCAGCUCCAGUGUUUACAAAGAUGCUGCAAAAUCUAUCAGCCUCUGAAGGGCAGCUGGUUGUCUUUGAAUGUCGAGUGAAAGGAGCCCCAUCCCCAAAGGUGGAGUGGUACAGGGAAGGGACGCUGAUAGAAGAUUCUCCUGAUUUUCGAAUAUUACAGAAAAAACCUCGGUCCAUGGCUGAGCCAGAGGAAAUUUGCACUUUGGUCAUUGCGGAGGUGUUUUCAGAAGACUCGGGGAGUUUCACCUGCACUGCAAGCAAUAAAUAUGGUACUGUGUCAAGCAUUGCACAGCUGGCAGUGAGAGGGCCUGAGGACCAGAGCAAUAAUGUGACCCACCAUACAGGUAGCUCCAACAGCAACUCAGCCCUGGCUGAGCCCCAGCCAUCUCAACUCAACCCAGUAGCCCUUCCAGUGGAACAACCCCCCAAGCCCAAGCUGGAAGGAGUUCUGGUGAACCACAACGAGCCAAGGUCUAGUUCCCGGAUUGGCCUCCGAGUGCACUUUAAUCUUCCUGAAGAUGACAAAGGCAGUGAAGCAUCCUCUGAGGGCACAGCAGGAACUGCGAAUCAGAUCAGAUCUGACUUUUUCCAGGAUCGGAUCAAUGGACAGGCUGCCAAGAUGCCUGAGCCUUCUUCACCCAUCAAAGAGCCCCCUCCAGUACUGGCUAAGCCAAAACUUGAUUCCAGUCAGUUACAACAGCUCCACAACCAAGUCCUACUGGAACAGCAGCAGCUCCAGCACCCAUCUCCCUCCUCUCCAAAGGAAGUUCCUUUUAACAUGAGUGUACUGAACUCCACUUCCCCCCCAACACCUCAACCAGUGUCAGUAACCAUCAGACCGAUCAAGUCUUCGCCGUCACAGAUAUUCAGCUAUGCCCGGCCUAAACAGUUCUUCCCAUCUCAGAACACCACAUCGAGUGCUGAGCCUCCAUCUGGUUCUCCGGGUUUUACAUUCAGCAGUACACUCCAAGCGACCCAGAGGACAAUGAGCAAGGAAAAUCUCUUGGGUUCCCACUCCUCGGUGUCAGUCAGACACCCAGGAGGGUUUUCCAGCCUAGGGGAUCCACCUCUCCCUGGUCCAGCGGAAUUGGCACGGCCUCCACUCACACUUCCCGUCUCCAGCGGGAACAACUUUCAGCCCCGCAGCUUGUCUCCAUCUCCUGUCUCUCCUACCGGCCGGAUCCAGAAUCCCGUGGCCUUCCUCAGUGCUGUUCUUCCUUCUCUCCCAACCAUCCCACCCACCAAUGCCAUGGGCCUUCCCAGGAGUGCACCGUCUGUACCAUCCCAGGGCUUGAUGAAGAAAAAUCCAAAGACUACUCAGCUAGUGACCGAUGAUUUCAUACGGGAAAAUAAGGCCACGGUCAUGCUAGACUUGGAAAGAAAACUGCAUUUCAGUGAUGCCAGAUCAAACCAGCAGAAAACAACAUAUGAUGAGAAUGUGGCCAGCAAGUCUCGGGAACCAAGCAAUGCUCCCCCCAUCUUCAGCUUUGGUGCAAUUCCGGAUGUGUCUAAGGAGUACAAGAUUUCCAGCUUUGAGCAGAGACUGAUGAAUGAAAUAGAGUUCCGCCUGGAACGCACCCCCGUGGACGAAUCGGAUGAUGAAAUCCAGCACGAUGAGAUCCCGACGGGCAAGUGCAUUGCUCCCAUCUUCGACAAGAGACUCAAGCACUUCCGGGUCAUGGAAGGGUCUCCCAUCACAUUCACCUGCAAAAUUGUUGGGAUACCCAUCCCAAAGGUUUACUGGUUCAAAGAUGGCAAGCAGAUUUCUAAGAAAAAUGAACACUGCAAGAUGAAGAGAGAGGGGGAUGGAACAUGUUCUCUGCACAUUGAAGCUACCACCAAUGAUGAUGAUGGAAAUUACACCAUCAUGGCUGCCAACCCACAGGGGAGAAUAAGUUGUUCCGGUCACUUGAUGGUUCAGAAUGGGCCCAUGCGUGGUCGAUUAACAACUGCUCAAUCUCACAGGGGGAGGUCUCGAAUUCAAGAAGGAGAUAAAGAACCGUUACAAGAACGCUUUUUCCGGCCUCAUUUCCUUCAGGCUCCCGGGGAUAUGGUGGCUCACGAGGGACGACUUUGUAGACUGGACUGUAAGGUGAGUGGCCUGCCGCCCCCGGAGUUGACGUGGCUACUCAACGGCCAACCUGUCCUACCAGACACUACUCACAAGAUGCUGAUCAGAGAAACAGGAGUCCACUCUCUGCUCAUUGACCCUCUCACCCAGAAUGACGCAGGGACCUACACAUGCAUGGCCACCAACAAAACAGGACAGAAUUCCUUCAGCCUGGAGCUCACGGUAGUAGCCAAAGAAGUGAAGAAAGCACCCGUGUUCCUGGAGAAGCUGCAGAACUGUGGCAUCCCAGAGGGACACCCUGUCAGAUUAGAGUGCCGCGUGGUGGGCAUGCCCCCUCCUGUGUUCUUCUGGAAGAAGGACAACGAAACCAUCCCUUUCACCAGAGACAGGAUCAGCAUGCACCAGGACACAACUGGCUACGUCUGUCUCUUUAUUCAACCAGCCAAGAAAUCGGAUGCCGGAUGGUACACACUGUCUGCUAAGAAUGAAGUUGGCAUCGUUUCCUGUACUGCCAGGUUGGACAUAUAUGCCCAGUGGCACCAGCAGAUCCCACAUCCGAUACCGGUGCGGCCCAGCAGCAGCCGCUUCGCAUCCCUCCCCAGCAAAGGACUUGACAUUUUUUCUGCUUUCUCCUCGGAGAGCACCAUGGUGUACUCGUGCUCCUCCCGGACCGUGGUGGAGAGCGAAGAACUUUAGGACGGUCUGAGGGGUUCCUGCCGUGGAGGUGGCAGGACCGCUGGGGGAGGAGACAAGCACCCCACCCGUGCCUCGAAGAGAUGAGAUGAGGAGCCAGGGGGUACCCAGGCCCUGGUUUUUCGUCAGCGUAGCCAUGGCUGGAGCAUUUCACACUGAAAUGAGUGAACUGGGGAAGGGUUUGACUCCAUCGUGACAGAAGGAGAGAGAGAGGGCGGGAGUGUCCGUUCAGGGUUGACCUCUUGGUUUUUAAUCUCCAGCCACUGCACCCAGUGUCAUCCAGCGUCACCCCAGGCCGGGCUUCACUCUGCCUCCUGCCAGCCCUGUGAAAGGCUGGUCCUGCCCGAUUGGACUCUCUGAAGUUCUGAAGUUCACGCUCUCAGACUUACCCUACAAGAGCUCCAAGCCAUCACCAAUUUACAGGCUAAAACUCGGAGAGGAAGGGGAGAGUUGGGGGGAAUAAAGGCCAUCUCUGACUUGCCGGCAGAAUUGGGAAGCUCACCACUGCACCAGCAGAGCAUUUAGUGAGGUUGUAGGCAGUAGACAACUGCACUAGGCAGUAAACCCAGCUGGAGGAGCAGGCCGAGAGUCUGUUCCAGCCCUUGUAUAUCCUGGAGGCGCUGAACCAUACAAUACAGUGUCAGGUGUGUGCUUAAGCUGAGGAAUGAAAUGCAGCAUCUUAGAUUGGUGCCCUUGUGCUGUGGCCAAAAUAAGAGCCCCACUAUCCCGUCACCUUCCAAUACUCCCUUUUUGAGUUUGAUCAUGAAACUCCCUAAUUUUCACAAAUUUGCUCAAACUAUGUGCUAACUCCCAUUUUCUUCCUGUGUGUACCAAAAUUUCAUUUGCUGAAUUAAAGAGAGAUUGAUAAAAUGUUAUGAAAUUUGCCACAGAAAACAUAAAGUAAAUCUUCAAAAACAACUGCCACAUCCUAGAGAGAGAGGAGCCAUUAUCUGCCCUAGCAAGGAUAGGUCAAAGCAAGAACUCAGAAAAGCCCUAAAGUUGGAAUGUCAGUGAAGAAAGUCAUCAAAUUAAAAAUGAAAGCAAAGAAAAUGCAUUCACAUGUUUGUCCCAGAGGUAUUUUGUAAAUAGAGACUAGGUUUAACAAGAAUAGGGGGACAAACAUAUAGGCAAGAGAGCAAAAGGUUUCCUCCUCUGAAUCCCAAUUUCAAAACCAAGACAGUUUGCCUGUGGAGUGUGAUAUUAUUGUCAUUACCAGUGAUGAUUAUGCUGCCACAGAUGCAGUCACCCAAAAGGGUAUUUGAAAGGGCCUUCUACUGGAAGAGUCCUGAAC